AUGGUCAACACCACACUCGACAAUAACCCCUUGGACCCCAACUACGCUGAGCGCCGCAACUCUCUCGAUGCAAGCGAUCAGUCACAGAAGACAAAGUCCGCUACGAAAAAACUGGAUGCUUUAGUAGACAGAAAUGUCGCGCCAUCUCCUCAUACAAUGUGCUCAGAGCUAGCACACCAAAAUGCCUUGGAACAUUUGUACGAGAAUACUGAGCACUGGUCUCAGAAAGAGAUGACGGAGCAUAGAAAUCUUCUGUCUGAUCCGGCUGCCGACCGUGGACUUCAGGCUCACCCCGAGGAGCUUGGAGAGUAA